UUGGGAGCGACUCAUUUUAACGGAUGAAUUCUCGCCGGGAAACGUGCCAUGAAUGCUCUUCCUCUGACAGGGAGUACGUCGGGAGCCUGGACGUGCCGCGGCCCAACAGCAGAGUGGAGAUCGUGGCUGCCAUGCGCCGGAUCCGGUAUGAGUUCAAAGCCAAGAACAUUAAGAAGAAGAAAGUGAGCAUUAUGGUUUCAGUGGACGGAGUGAAAGUGAUUCUGAAGAAGAAAAAGAAGAAGGAGUGGACGUGGGACGAGACCAAGAUGCUGGUGAUGCAGGACCCCAUCUACAGGAUCUUCUACGUCUCUCACGACUCCCAGGACUUGAAGAUCUUCAGCUACAUCGCCCGAGACGGUGCCAGCAACGUGUUCAGGUGCAACGUGUUUAAGUCCAAGAAGAAGAGCCAAGCCAUGCGGAUCGUCCGGACAGUGGGGCAGGCCUUCGAGGUGUGCCACAAGCUGAGCCUGCAGCACACGCAGCAGAGCGCGGACGGCCAGGAGGACGGGGACAGCGAGUGGCACAGCCACAGCUCCGGGGACCCAGGCCGCCAGCUCCCUGGAGCCGAGAGGGCCUCGCCAGCUACUGCAGAGGAGACGGACAUCGACGCCGUGGAGGUCCCCCUCCCGGGCAGCGACGGCCUUGACUUCAGCCGCGGGGUGACUGACCUGGAUGCCGUGAGGAAGGAUGGCUCCUCCCACACAGACUCCGAGGUGCCGCCGCAGGAGCCCGUGCCCACAGCCUCGCCCCGGAUGCCGCUGCCCCCGCCCUGUGCACAGGCCCCGGGCGCGGGCACGCCGCUGUCCUCGCAGCACCAGCUGCAGCUCCUGCACCAGCUCCUCCAGCAGCAGCAGCAGCAGACGCAAGUGGCCGUGGCCCAGGUUCACUUGCUGAAGGACCAGCUGGCUGCGGAGGCGGCGGCGAGGCUGGAGGCGCAGGCCCGCGUGCACCAGCUCCUGCUGCAGAACAGGGACGCCCUGCAGCACGUGUCCCUGCUGGUCAGGCAGGUGCAGGAGCUGGAGCUGAAGCUGUCGGGACGGAGCACCAUGGGGUCAUCAGUGAGCCGGAUGGGGGGGGCGUGCUUGCCCCUCGCAGGUGUGGGUGGGGAGCCCCAGGCAGCGUCUCCCGCGGACCCCAGGGCCCUGCAGACAUCCCAGGAGGAGCAGGCUGUGUGCUUGGAAAAGGCUGGGGAACAGAUUCUGCACGUUUCUCAGCCCACGAUGCGGCAGUUUUUAAGUAUCAUGUGA